UCGCAAAUCAGUCGGUCGUUGGGAGUGCGCUGAAGUGGUUGUAUUUUGAGUUUAGUGCAGUUCGUUGAAACUGAUACAGGUGGUUAUUGCUCUCAGCAGGUCGGUGUGCGUGCGUGACAGCACAAAAAGGAAGAAAGAAAGAAAGAGGUGACGUUGACGGAGACAUAAUCCGAGCAGACAGGACAUGCAAUUCUCAUUGCACCAGUUGAUGAGGGACUGCAUACUGCAAGCACCAAACUUGUUUUUUGUGCAAUUUCGAAAAAGUGUCGGCCGAUUCGUGCCCCGUGAGAAUGCUGCGGCGUGAUCAAUCAACACCAUGUUCAUCGACGUCAUCUCCGGUGGACGGUACGGUGGCAGUGCGUGACUUACGGAGUAAAAGUACGGACGAGUUGAGGGUUGACCGGAAGGAGAGAAUGUAUAUGCCGGUCGGUAUUAAUCAGAUCAAGGAAGAAGCAUCGGAUCCCGAUAUUCAGGCUGACUCAGAAGUAUCGCUCGAUGCGAAUAGUACGCUUGCCCAGGUGUUGGAGGAUUUUUCUAACGACGAAGCACCUCACGAACCGGAAAUCGAAAUCAAAACACACUCACGCUCGUUGGACGACACGUUUCGGAAGCAGCAGCAUAGUGCGUCGCAGAAAGCCAUACAGUUUCAGCUUGGAAAUAUCUCCUAUCAUUUGGCGGAUCAGAUGUUCAAGGCGACACCAAUGAAUCUGCUCACAAAAGAUAUGCUAGAGCAGAAGAUUACGGAGAAAGAUCCUGAUCUGGUUUAUCGAAAGCAUCACAAUAACAAUAGCACGUGGUCCAGGUACAUGCCGAUGUACUACAAAGGAGUUAAACAAAACUACGUUCGUUGUUUGGAGUGCGGUUGGUUGGUGUUGCACAAGGCUAGCACCGGUACGGGAUCAUUGUUGAGACACAAAUGUAAGAUUAAGCUUCCCUCCGGGGUGGAGGUAAAAAUCGAACAACAACCUGCGUCCAACAGGAAUCUUCCGGUGAAAGCAUCGGCUGCGGUCGGCCCUACACCAUCCCACGCGGUUAAGUUUCAGACAACUCAAAUGCCACAAAAUGUGGUAGACGAUCUUGUCCGACAGCAGGCCUGCUUCCUGUACAAGGAUCUCAGCAGCGUGGAUAUGUUCGACAGUGUCAGUUUCAGAACGUUCGCUCAGAUGUUGGUUAAUAUUGGAGUAUUUUACGGUCAACAAGACGUUGGAUUUCUCGCUGACAAAUCAAGCUUACUCGAACGGGUUAUUCCUUCGAUUUACCAGCAAGCAAGAGCCCAACUAAACCAAGCUUUGCUGGAUUGUGAUCUUAGCUAUAGUUUCAAUAUGUUUCGAAACGAAGCAGAACAGAAAACGUAUGUUACUAUAAACUCUUACACUAUAGCAGAAGACUACUAUUUUCGUAAAAUAAAUGUCAAGACUGUGCCCUUUGACGAUGUGCCGUCGUUCAUCGAUCAAUUACCUCUUAUCGUAUCUGAGAUGUUAGAACGGGAGCAGGCUGAGCCCCUCAAGUUGGUAUGUGGUACGAAAAUAGAAGCCCCGCGGGCUGCUGAAUUCGAAGUGAUUCCUUGUGUUGUGACAGCUCUCUGGGAAACGAUGAAAAAAAUUAUGCAUAUUUUCCAGUACGAUAGUGAGCAGUACGUGGAGAAAAUUUUUGUAUUAGACGAUAAUGACGACGAAGAAGAUACAAUUAAAAAAAUUUUGGCUCCGUUUAAGGAACCAAUCAAAAGUCUGACUUCGGAUGGAAACGUAACUAUCAGUGAGGUAGUCCUCUGGAAAAAGAAGCUGGAAAAACACUUCCGCAUGGAAGAAGAUGAUGACGAGAGCAUGAAGACUAUUAAACAAACAUUCCAGUCGCAGUUUAAGCGUAACUCUAAGCUGCACGACUAUCAUAAAAUCGCGGUUUUUCUCGACCCGAAAUUCAAGGGACUUAGAUUCCUCACCGAGGAGGAACGAAACGAUACGCUGGCUAUCGUAAAGCAACAACUACAGCGCGACCAGGAUGGUAUAGAGCAGCUGAAAAAAAUUUACUCGUGUGGCAAAAAGAAUAAUAUCGAAAUCCGAAAAGAAACCAAGUUCUACGAGUUCAUGGAUGCCUCCCUAGAGGUUGAAAGUGCCGACGUAGUGGACGAUGAGAUCCGCCAGUACGUCGACAUUAAGCUCGAAACACCGGUGGACAUUCUGAGUUACUGGCGUAACGAAAAUGCAUUCCCCUUGCUGAAGAAACUCUGUCAGCGGAUACUAAACAUUCCGGCUGCCUGUGAUGAUAUGAAGCUGCGAUUCGGCCGAGCCGAGCAGCGCGAUUUUUUCAAGAAACGAACUGUGCUAAGAAACGAAGAAAUUGAUAUGAUGCUUUAUCUGAAUCAGAAUGGUCCGUGAAUUAAAA